ACAGAAAGUCCAACGGAGCAAACCCUACAAAUCGCUGAUCUCCCGACUACGUCACCCCCAUAACAGAAGGUGCAUUAUUGCGAUCCUAGCCAGUACUUGCUCCUUCUUUCCUUCUGUCUCUCUCUUUAUAAUUAUUAACUCUCUCUCUCUCUCUCUCUCUGUGUGUGUGAAUUGGAUUGGAGUUGAAGUUGAUGAUAAUGGCAGAACAACAACACCCAGUGGAAGCCAUUGGAUGGGCUGCCAGAGACACAUCUGGUGUCCUCUCUCCCUUCAAAUUCUCCAGAAGAGCGACUGGAGAAAAAGACGUGACGUUCAAAGUGUUAUAUUGUGGAAUUUGUCACUCCGACGUUCACACAAUUAAGAAUGAUUGGGGCAACACGAACUAUCCGUCUCUCCCUGGGCAUGAGCUUGUGGGUGUAGUAACAGAGGUAGGUAGCAAGGUGCAAAAAUUCAAAGUUGGAGACAAAGUUGGGGUGGGUUGUAUUGUUGGAUCAUGUCACUCUUGUGACAAUUGUGCUAAUGAUUUUGAAAACUACUGUCCUAAAAUAUUACUUACCUACAAUUCCAUCUACUAUGAUGGAACCCCAACCUAUGGAGGUUACUCUAACAUUAUGGUGGCCAAUGAGCAUUUUGUGAUUCGCAUUCCUGAUAACCUUCCUCUUGAUGCCUGUGCUCCUCUCCUCUGUGCUGGGAUCACAACUUAUAGCCCCCUAAAAUACUUUGGACUUGAUAAGCCUGGUAUGCAUGUGGGUGUGGUUGGUCUUGGUGGACUUGGUCAUGCAGCUGUGAAAUUUGCCAAAGCUUUUGGUGUUAAAGUGACUGUGAUUAGUACCUCUCCUGGAAAGAAGAAGGAAGCUAUUGAACAACUUGGUGCUGAUUCAUUUGUAGUCAGCCAUGAACCCGAUCAAAUGAAAGGUGUCAUGGGCACAUUGGAUGGUAUCAUUGAUACUGUUUCUGCAUCUCACCCUCUUCUACCAUUGAUUGGCAUGUUGAAGUCUCACGGAAAGCUCGUCUUGGUUGGUCUACCAGUGAAGCCAACUGAGCUUCCAGUAUUUCCUCUAGUCCUUGGGGGGAAGAUAGUGGCUGGAAGUUGCAUUGGAGGCAUAAAGGAGACGCAAGAGAUGAUAGAUUUUGCAGCAAAACACAACAUAACGGCUGAUAUUGAGGUGGUGCCAAUAGACUACGUGAACACUGCAAUAGAACGCCUUAUGAAAGCCGAUGUUAAAUAUCGAUUCGUGAUUGAUAUAGGAAAUACAUUAAAAAUAGCUUAAUCUUUUUGCUUUGUGGCUAUUGAAUUUCACUCUUCUUUUUGGAAUAUCUUGUGUUAUUGGAUAGGGAUAUCCCAGGGAUUCUAGGGUCAGGAAGUUUUAAACUUAUUUUUCUUGUGGUGUUGUUGCUAAGAUUUAUUUCUUCUUAGCAUUCUAGUUUUCAACAGUGUAUUGGAUCUCAUUUUGAAUAAAGAAUAUUUGUCAACUUGUCAA